CGCGAGGGACGCCAGAUCUCGCGCGAGGGGGGGAGGAAAGAUGGUCUCCACCAGAAGGAGCAGUGCAAAUGCCGCUGGAAAAGAAUCGCAGCCCAUGGCUGUGGAUGUGGAGAAGGUGGUCGUCACCAUGCCCAAGGACGGUCCCGGAGAGAGCGAGGAGGACCUGUACUCUCGGCUAAAGGAGCUCCAGAGGGAGCUCGAGUUUGUGGAGAUCCAGGAGGAGUACGUCAAGGAUGAGCAGAAGAACCUCAAGAUCGAGCUGCUGCGCGCGCAGGAGGAGGUGAAGCGCAUCCAGGCCGUGCCUCUGGUGAUCGGACAGUUCCUGGAGAUGGUGGACGAGAACGCGGGGAUCGUAUCGUCCACCACGGGGUCCAACUACUACGUCCGCAUCCUCUCGACUCUGAACCGCGAGCUGCUCAAGCCCUCGUCAUCCGUCGCGCUCCACCGCCACUCCAACGCGCUGGUGGACAUCCUGCCGCCGGAGGCUGACUCGUCCAUCUCCCUGCUGAGCGAUGCCGAGCGACCGGACGUAAAGUACAGCGACGUCGGAGGCAUGGACGUGCAGAAGCAGGAGAUUCGCGAGGCUGUCGAGCUGCCCCUGACGCACUUUGACCUGUACCGACAGAUCGGCAUCGACCCGCCCAGAGGCGUGCUCCUUUACGGUCCCCCGGGUACCGGCAAAACGAUGCUCGCCAAGGCUGUGGCGCAUCACACCACCGCCGCUUUCAUCCGCGUCGUGGGAUCGGAGUUUGUGCAGAAGUACCUGGGCGAGGGCCCCAGGAUGGUGAGGGACGUGUUCAGGCUUGCCAAGGAAAACGCCCCCGCCAUCAUCUUCAUUGACGAGGUUGACUCCAUCGCCACCGCUCGCUUCGACGCGCACACGGGUGCCGACCGCGAGGUGCAGCGCAUUCUCAUGGAGCUCCUCAACCAGAUGGACGGGUUCGACCAGACGGUGAACGUGAAGGUGAUCAUGGCGACAAACCGGGCAGACACGCUCGACCCGGCGCUCCUACGCCCCGGCCGCCUGGAUCGCAAGAUCGAGUGCCCGGCGCCGGACAGGAGGCAGAAGCGGCUGGUGUUCCAGGUGUGCACGGCGAAGAUGAAUCUCUCGGACGAGGUCGACCUGGAGGACUACGUGUCCAGGCCCGACAAGAUCAGCGCGGCGGAUAUCCGGGCAAUCUGCCAGGAGGCUGGACUGCAGGCGGUGCGCAAGAACCGCUAUGUUGUCAUGCCCAAGGACUUCGAGAAGGGGUACAAGAGCAGUGUGCGCAAGCCGGGCGACGAGUUCAGCUUCUACCAGUGAGUUCCUAUAGAUAGUGGGCGGUGUAACAAACGAGUAUUCCUUC